UGGCCAUGGGCUGGGCUGUGGGCGUCUGCUGGGCCAGCCGGAGAGUGGGCGCUGCGAGAGCGCGUUUCCUGAGUGCGGGGAUGGCGCCGGGUCCCCGCCAGCCUGCUGGCGUCCCACUCGGGGGUCCUUGCUCUGUUACCCCCGUGUCUAGGAUGGCGACUGUCCAGGGUGAGCUUAUAAAGAAUUUAACUUCAAAGGAGAGCGUUCCUCAUAAUAAGAUCUCCAUCGUAGGAUCCGGGUCGGUUGGCAUGGCCUGCGCCAUCAGCAUCCUGAUGCGAGGCCUGAGUGACGAGCUCGCCCUGGUGGAUGUGAACGAAGGCAGGCUGAAGGGCGAGACGAUGGACCUCCAACACGGCAGUCUUUUCGUGAAAAUGCCCAAAGUCAUUUCCAGCAAAGAUUACCAAGUCACGGCCAACUCCAACCUGGUGAUCAUCACGGCGGGUGUGCGCCAGAAAAAGGGAGAGACGCGCCUUGACCUCGUCCAGCGCAACCUGGCCAUCUUCAAGCUGAUGAUUUCUGACAUCAUGACGCACAGUCCGAACUGCAAGAUGAUCAUCGUUUCCAACCCGGUGGAUAUCUUAACUUACGUCACCUGGAAGCUGAGCGGAAUUCCCCAGAACCGCGUGAUCGGAAGCGGCUGCAAUUUGGACACCGCCCGUUUCCGGUACCUGAUUGGUCAGAAGCUCAGCAUCCAUGCUGGAAGCUGCCUGGGGUGGGUGCUGGGCGAGCACGGGGACUCAGGCGUCCCGGUGUGGAGUAGCGUCAGAUCGGAAGCGGCUGCAAUUUGGACACCGCCCGUUUCCGGUACCUGA